CAGAGCCUCAGGGGGACAUUCGCGUCCCAGUUCGUUUUUCAUCCGUACAGGUCAUGGCUUCCCGAUUCCUUUGAUUCUAUGAAUUUGGAAGGUUGAUUCUUUGUUGGUCUUGGUCGGAAUCUGUUGCUCGACGGGCCAAAAAACCCAGAAAUCGAUUUGUCUUUGCGUAGAUUACUGUUCACCAGUUUUUUGAGAAAACAUUGCAGUUCGAUGUUUUGAUUUCCACUGAAAUCUGGGACUGUUGUGAUACUCCUCAUCUCUGGACGACCAAGGAAACCUGAAUUUCGUCUGUCUGUAAAUACGAAUUUAGGUCUGAAACGCGUUCUGUGGUGUGCGAUGCGGAAAAACAAACGAGAAAUUGGGGAAAAUUCCAGGACGCGAACUACUCGGUCAUCCUCUAGGUUUGAUGUUUUAGGAGAUAUUGAUGUCGAAAUCCCGGUCUUUAGCGCGAUAAAACCUUCUGCGAACAUGGAUAGUCCUGGUACAGGGACUAUGGUGACAAAACCUUCUGUGCACGUGGAACCCUCUGCUGCGGAACGUACUGCUGCAGGGGCCUCCAUUACUCUACAGAUUGAUUCUUCUGGGACGUUAUUGAAACCUGCGCAGACAACCCUGUUGCAGGCUGGGAAAAAUAGGUUGAGUGCCCCUUCCUGUGAACCCGCUGAAGGUACUGAUGCUAGGCAACCUUCACCAUCCAGAUUAGCAGCUUUAGAGAAUGAAAACUUCCCAGAUUUGCAGACUGCACUGGGAGGGAAACCUACUACUGCUAAGGAAAAAAAUUCUGGGCUUGUCUUUGCCCAGACUUUUGUGAAACAACCGCAGCAGGGUAAUGCCAAUGCUACUGCCAGUAACACUGGUAAAGCUAAGCAACCAGUAAGUGCAAGAGCUGUGCAGUUGGUGCCUAUUUCCACCGUGACUGCAGAUGCUGAAAAAAAGGGACAGACUGCUCCACAGAAGGUGCCUAAUGCUAUUACUGAUACUUCCAUAGACACUGCCAGUUUGGAAAUACCACCAAAGGAGAAAGCAUGGUCAUCCCUUUUCAAGGAUAACCGAGACCCUUCAAACGGCCUAAAAUUGAGGUAUAUUCCGCCGAAAGGCAAAUCCUUAGACUUUGGUGAUAGAAUAUUGCCCUCUAUGAUUGAGAUGUGGGGAUUUUGUCUUGUUGGUUAUAUUACCGGAAAAUUUCCCGGACUUAAGGCCAUUUAUGACUUGAAGAAUACCUGGGGGGUUAGUUGCCAGAUCAAAACACAUGCUAAGGGAUGGAUUAUUUUCAAAUUCCAAAAUGAUGGGGAUAGAGAAAAAGUGUUGAAUGGGGGUCCCUAUACCAUUUUUGGAAUGCAACUAUUGCUAAAAUCACUUUCAGAGGACUUCUCUUUCGAUGAUGAUGAAUUUCUUAAAGUCCCCAUUUGGGUUAAAUUUCCCAACCUACAUAUGAAACUAUGGAAUGAAGAGGCUAUGAGCGAGGUUGCAUCUAUGGUAGGGGUCCCGCUUUCUACGGACAAGGUCACUCAAAAUAGGAGCAAUCAUCAUUUUGCUAGAGUUCUAAUUGAAGUGGAUGUGUCUAAACCGCCCCGGUUAUCUUUUCAUAUACGAUUACCUUCUCGUAAAGUAGUCAAUCAAAUGGUGGUUUAUGAAACCUUCCCCAAUUUCUGUUUCCAUUGUAAAAUGUAUGGGCACCACCCUUUCAUUUGCAAAAAAUUGGCUUCAAAAGAACGGGACUUGGCUAUUGUUGAUAAGAAGGAGGAUACUGUGAAUGAGGGUUCUCAAGUGGAAAUUGUGGACAUUGCUGUACCUGCUGCCCAGCCAGAUGCCCAGGAGCCUCCAGUUGUUGCUGCCCACCCGACCGGGUGCUGCUCUGACCCGACCGGGUCUACUGGACAGACACUGUCCCAGGGGUCUGCCAACGCUAAUUUGGAUGCUAGUUUGCACACUGACCAAGGGAUUGCAGAGACUGAGACUGCUGCCCAGGGGACUAAAACGACUGUCGUGCCUGAAUCAGAGGAGGAUGAUGACACAGAAGAUGAGGAAUCCGAUAAUGAGCCGAAAGAUGAGGAGGAACAGAGAAUUCUUGACGAAUACUGGGACAAAAUUACACAAUAUAAGAAGAUGAAGAAAAGGAUGAUAGCUGAGCCCGCUCAAAUAGGUUUAGGCUAAUUUGAUUCUGUUUCACUGGCAGAUAUUUGGUUGUUUGUUUUUGAUUCCUCUGUUUAGGUGGAUGUGGGAAUGCCCAUUAUGGUGUUGAUACUUUAUAUUUAGGUUAGAUCCAUCUAACUUAGAUAGUCUUCGCAGAUUUUGUGUGAUACAUUGUAAAAUGUUAUUUUUGGGUGUCUUUUAUAUAUACUUACAUUUCAUCCAAAAAAAAAAUGAAACCAGAGCCUGAAGACAAGUCUUAGAACUCGG